GAUCGUGUGUCUCUUUCAGAGCAGCGGUGUGGCUCCUAUGCUUCACUCACACUCUCCUCACACAGGAUGUAGCUGCAGAGACAGAGCACGGACACACACACACACACACACACACACAUACACGGCGGGUUUACACUCUGCGAUGUGACGAACACCGGGGUGAGCCAGACAUGACCGCCGCAGCGGAGGAGAAGCAGACAGGAGGAGUCCGGCUGAGGCAGCUCACCGCGGGCAGGUCUUGACGGAGCUGCUCCCGCUGACCUUAGGGGCUCCCUGCACCGCUGCAGAACCGCACAGUUUACCAGACACUGGAAAAAACUCAACAUAGCCGAAAUACUCCACAGACCGUCGGUGAACCUUUUGAAAGAGAUAAUGGCGAGCCAGGGCGACUGCUCCGUGAAGGUUGCGUUGAGGAUUCGUCCUCAGAUGGCCAAGGAGAAGAUCGAGGGCUGCCAUGUGUGCACGCUGGUCACACCCGGAGAACCGCAAGUCCUGCUGGGAAAGGACAAAGCAUUCACGUACGACUUUGUGUUUGACAUCAACUCGGAGCAGCAGCACAUCUACCAGGCCUGCGUGUACAAGCUCAUUGAGGGCUGCCUGGAGGGCUACAACGCCACCGUGUUCGCAUAUGGGCAGACGGGUUCGGGAAAGACCUACACCAUGGGGACGGGCUUUGAUGUAGGCCUGAGCCAGCAGGAGCAGGGCAUCAUCCCGCGGGCCGUUCAUCAUCUGUUCGAGGGGAUCCAGAGCCGGAGGGAGCGCGCCCAGCAGGCCGGCAGCCAGCCGCCCGAGUUUAAAGUCAGCGCUCAGUUCCUGGAGUUGUACAACGAGGAGAUCCUGGACCUGUUUGACGGAACCAGAGAUCCAGAGAGUAGGAGCAGGAAGUCCAACAUAAAGAUCCACGAGGAUGCCAGCGGCAGCAUCUAUACCACGGGUGUCACCUCCAGACUGGUGCACUCAGAGGAGGAGAUGCUGCAGUGUCUGAAGCUCGGCGCCCUGUCCCGCACCACUGCCAGCACCCAGAUGAACGCCCAAAGCUCCCGCUCACAUGCCAUCUUCACCAUCCACCUCUGUCAGAUGAGAGUCUGCCAGCAGCCUCAAAUGAACGGAGGAGGGGAGAACGGGGAGAACGGGGAGAACGGCGAGUUGAACAGCGUGGACUCAGGACCCAUCACCCAACCCGAGUUCGAGACCCUGAUGGCAAAGUUCCACUUCGUGGACCUGGCCGGAUCUGAGCGGCUGAAACGAACUGGAGCCACUGGAGAGAGAGCCCGCGAGGGAAUAUCCAUUAACUGUGGACUGCUGGCCCUGGGAAAUGUGAUCAGUGCUUUAGGAGACCAGACUAAGAAGGGGGGGCACGUCCCUUACAGAGACUCUAAACUCACUCGUCUAUUACAGGACUCCCUGGGAGGCAACAGUCGCACAGUGAUGAUCGCCUGUGUCAGUCCAUCAGACCGGGACUUCAUGGAGACCCUGAACACACUGAAGUAUGCCAACCGAGCGCGGAACAUCAAGAACAAGGUGGUGGUGAACCAGGACAAGACCAGCCAGCAGAUCAGCGCCAUGCGUGCUGAAAUAGCCAGGCUUCAGAUGGAGUUGAUGGAGUACAAGGCGGGGAAGCGUGUUGCUUGUGAGGAGGGUUCAGAGGGCUACAGCGAUAUGUACCAGGAGAACGCCAUGCUGCAGAGAGAGAAUGACACACUGCGUCUCAGAGUUAAGGCCAUGCAGGAGACCAUUGACCACCUCAACACCAGAGUCACACAUCUGCUGGCCAAUGAGGUCAGCACUCUGCUCACCAAAUCAAGUGAAGGCAAUGAGGAGAUCGGGGCUUUAAUCCAAAACUACAUCAGAGAGGUUGAAGAGCUGAGGUCAAAGCUUCUGGAGAGCGAGGCCAUGAACGAGUCGCUGCGAAGGCACACGGCCCGACUUUCCUCACGUUCACCGUUCCCUUCCUCCACCCUCAGCCCCGCCCCUGGCCACCCGCUUGGCUCCUCCCCUGCUCCCAUGUCCAUGGAAGCUGAGAUGACGGAUGUGUUACGCCGAGCCAAGCUUGACAUUGAACGUCUGAAGAAGAAGGAGAGGAGGCAGAGGAGGCUGAGUCCAGAGUUGGAGAAAGGUCUGAAGAAGCGAGUCAAACUGCACACUCAUGAGAACGGGGAGAACGGGCAGAGUCGUGAAAACGGACAAAACGGAGAGAAUGGAGAGAUCGAUUCUGAUGAUAACUACACCGAGGACAUCAUGUCUCCCCUGCAGGAGGAAAGUGGUUGUGAAGAAGAUGAAGGGGAGGAAGAGGAGGAGGGCAGGGAGGAGGAGGAGGAUGGGUUUGACAGCGACGAGAGCCAGGUGGAUUCAGACUCGGACUCUGAUGAGAAAGCAGCUAACUUCCAGGCGGACUUGGCUGAUCUGACCUGUGAGAUCGAGAUCAAGCAGAAGCUGAUAGACGAGCUGGAGAACAGCCAGCGGAGGCUGCUGAUGCUGAAGCUGCAGUACGAGGAGAAGCUCAUUCUACUGCAGAACAAGAUCCGAGACACUCAGCUGGAGAGAGACCGUGUGCUGCAGAACCUCAUGUCUAUGGAGAACUACACAGAGGAAAAGGCCAACCGGGUCAAGCAGGACUACGAGAAACGUCUUAAGGAGAUGAACCGAGACCUCAUGAAGCUACAAGUGGCGCAGAAAGAGCAUGCACGUCUCCUCAAAAACCAGGGGAGGUACGAACGGGAGCUGAAGAAACUUCAGGGAGAGGUCAACGACAUGAAGAAAGCCAAGGUUGCAUUGAUGAAGCAGAUGAAGGAGGAGCAGCAGAGGAGGAGGAUGGUGGAGGCAAAGAGGAGCCGAGAGAUUGCCCAGCUCAAGAAGGAGCAGAGACGACAGGAGUACCAGAUCAGAGCCCUGGAGUCUCAGAAGCGGCAGCAGGAGCUGGUGCUGCGCAGAAAGACGCAGGAGGUGAGUGCCCUGCGGCGUCUGGCAAAGCCCAUGUCAGAUCGCGUGGCAGGGCGCGUGGCCCGCUGGAACCACAACACCUCAGUUACAGACUCUGGAGCAGAGUUAUCAGCCAGCACAACAGCCAGCAGCUCUGAACCUGAGACUGGGAGGUCUGUGAGUGGACUGGUAAAGCAGUGGAACAACAAGAACAAUGGAUUCGGAUAUCUCGGAGAGAGUGAAGGGAGCAUGGAUGGAAACCGGGUCAUUGGCAGCAGGAAGAAGCUGCAGCGUAAACCAGCAGGCCUUGGAAGCAUCGCUGCGGCAGGUCGAGUCAGCAGUUUCUCCAAAUCAGCUCGUCAAAAGUGGCAGACCCUUGAGCGUCGCAUUAUGGACAUAGUCAUGCAAAGAAUGACGAUCCAAAAUAUGGAGUCAGACAUGGAUCGCCUUAUCAAGAAACGAGAGGAGCUGACGGCACAGCAGGAAGCACUCUCACACAAGAGGGAGGUACUGAGUGCAGAAGGGGAGGGGCCAGAAGAAGGGGACCGCAUCAUUCUGGAAAUCAAUGAGGAGAUUGAGGUGCUGAACGCCAACAUAGACUACAUUAAUGACAGCCUGUCUGACUGCCAGGCCACCAUAGUGCAGAUAGAAGAGACCAAGGAUGAGCUGGACUCUGUGGACACAUCGGUAGUGAUCAGCUCCUGCUCUCUGGCUGAGGCUCGCAACCUGCUCGGCCACUUCCUGAAGGCUUCUAUUGACAAAAGCUUACAGGUCGCUCAGAGGGAGGCUCAGAUCAGACUACUGGAGGGUCAGCUGAGACAGACUGAUGUGAUUGGCUCCUCCCAUAAUCACAUAAUCCUCGACGCUCUGCGAGAAAAGGCAGAAUACAUCCCUGAACUCCAGGCUCUCAUCCACAACGUACAGCAGGAAAAUGGCUAUGCCAGCACAGAUGAGGAGCCUUCUGAGUUCAGCCAAGCCUCUGACAGCAGUGUAUCUCAUAUGAAAGAGUCUAACAGCCAGGAUGAUUUCAAGACAAAGAUGGAGCCCCGUCUGUCCGCUCAGAUGAAGGCGGUAUCCGCGGAGUAUCUUGGUCCAGUCCUGGACCCCUCAUCGGGCAGCAAGCAGCAACACAUUACCAAAUCUCUGGCCUCUCUGACUGACAUCCAGGAGGAUGGUCUGAGCCUGGGGAGAGUGAGUCUGGGGCUCAGCUUGGCCCUGAGAGACCCCUUCCACAGAGACCGAGCAUCCCGCACCAUCAGCCUACCUAUCAGGGGACACACCUUUCCCAGGCAGUCUCGUGGUUAUGACACUUCCCCAAUAACACGAAGGAAAUCUUACGACCGUUCCUACAGGCCCACUGAUGGCUAUACUCCCCCCUCCUCCCCUCCUCUAAGGACCAGGAAUGACCGCAAUGUGUUCUCAAGGCUCACCAGCAACCAAACCCAAGGUUCUGCUCUAGACAAGUCGGAUGACAGCGACUCCUCGCUCUCCGAGGUGCUCAGGGGUGUGAUCAAUCCUAUCGGGGGUGUGAAGGGGGGUCGGACAGCCCCCCUGCAGAGUGUGUCUGUGGCCGAGGGCCACUCCAAGCCUGUACUAUGUGUGGAUGCUACAGAUGAGCUGCUCUUCACUGGAUCUAAAGAUCGUACUUGUAAGAUGUGGAACCUGGUAACAGGUCAGGAGAUUGUCACCUUAAAAGGCCACCCAAACAACGUGGUGUCAGUGAAAUAUUGUCCUGCCUCCUGCCUGGUCUUCUCUGUCUCCACCUCCUACAUAAAGGUGUGGGACAUCCGGGACUCCGCUAAGUGUAUCCGCACGCUGACUUCAUCUGGGCAGGUUGUCUCUGGGGACGCGUGUGCAAGCACCACCACUCGCACAAUAACCUUUGCACAGGGGGAGUGUCAGAUCAACCAGAUCGCCCUCAACCCAUCAGGAUCUGUGCUUUAUGCUGCUGCCGGAAACACUGUACGCAUGUGGGACCUGAACAGGAUGCAAGCGAUGGGGAAGCUGACAGGCCACAUCGGCUCGGUGAUGUGUCUGACAGUGGGACAGUCUCUGCUGGGCAAAGACCAAGUCAUCACAGGCUCUAAAGACCAUUACGUCAAGGUGUUUGACGUGGCAGAGGGAACCCUGGGUAAUGUAGGCCCAGCUCAUAACUUUGAGCCACCACACUAUGACGGCAUCGAGUGUUUGGCUGUAAAGGGGGAUGUUCUGUUCAGCGGAUCCAGAGACAACGGAAUCAAAAAAUGGGAUUUGGAGCAGCAGGAGCUCACUCAGCAAAUCCCCAACGCCCAUAAGGACUGGGUUUGCGCUCUGGCAUACGUCCCAGGUCGGCCCAUGCUGCUGAGCGCCUGUCGGGGCGGCAUGUUGAAAGUGUGGAACGUGGACAACUUCACUCCCAUAGGAGAGGUCAGAGGUCAUGACAGCCCAAUUAACGCCAUAUGUACCAAUUCAAGACAGAUCUUCACUGCAUCCAGUGACUGCAGGGUGAAGUUGUGGAGCUAUGUCCCGGGUUUAACCCCAUGUCUUCCUCGACGGGUCCUGGCCAUCAAGGGCAGAGCCACCAGCCUCCCAUGAUUGCCUCUCCUCCGCUCACCAACCCUCCCUUCCUCUGCGACAAGACAGUGAAGAUCUGGUCAUCAAAGGUUUGGAGGAAGAGGUGACAAACAAAAGACCGUGGUUCCUUUUCUGUCAGCCAUCUUGCCUGAGCGACUCACCUCCAGCAACAAGGUGCACACUUUCCAAGGCAAUCAAGGUGUUUUUUUUUGUCUGCUUCUUUGUGAAGGUGAAAAAUGACAAAGUGGAGUCGGGAUAUGUAUUCAAAGGCAAAAAUACAAUUUGCCUUUCAGAUUUUUUUACUGCCAAUUUGAAAAUGCCAUUCAGGUGUGAUGCUACUGGGACAAGACAAACCUAAUUUUUUUUGUCUGUUGUGGAUACGCGAGGCAGAACAAUUUCUCUCUUGAUGUGACAACUACCACAGCCUGUUAUAAAGAGGAAAUGAAAAGUGUCCUUCUGUUCUCUGAGGAACAUCUGGAGAGAAUUUUGCUGAAAGAUGUGUAAUCAUGUAUCGGUUGUGUCCUAGAGUCAGGACACGAAGAGAAUAUAAAUCCCAGAGGGGACGUUUACUAAGAACUGGGAUCUCUGUUCCUCCAGUCAGGACUGUUAACGUUCAUGAGAGUUGAGACUGUUUGGAUACUGAACAUGCUGUGAGGUCAUUAUGGUGACUGAUCAAAAGAAGAAACACAAAACACCGUCACUGGAUGUUCAGUCAUUGUCUCUGGAAUCUCCUUCCAAUCACUUUUUUGUUUAAAGUUACUCUCAGUUCAUCACUGAAACUAACUGCAUUCGGCGAGUCGUGUUUUUAAUGACUUUAACUUAUUUAUUAUUUUCCCUACCUCAGUUGUUUUGAACUUGUGCGUGAGGUGGGUGGGAACAUUUUUUUUUACGGGUCUCUGUGUUCAAACACCAGGCGCUUGACAAAUUUUAAGUCUUUAUUUGAUGCCUGGCUCUUCAUCUCUGUGUGGAUGUGUCCUCGGUGGGCCCUCCAGCUAUCAGCCUUGUCUAUCUGCUGACCUUGCAAACAGGAAAGCACACAUCCAGUAGCACCGCUAAGGUAGCACCACCCCCGGAGGAUUCUCACGGGAUUGUAUUAUUUGUUGUGUAAAGUGCCAAGCACAGCGGAAAAAAAAAAAAACCUGCAGAUACACAUGAUACACACCUACAGUCCACUCCUGACAAAUUAGUGAGUCCAUUGAGGCCAAAGUGCCAGAUAUUAAAUCAACCAUCCACAGCUGUGUGUGCUCCAUACCUGCCAUUCAUCCUCCACACAGAUGCUAAAAAAAGCCCUUCCAGCACCCCAAACCCUUUUUCUGCCUGGUUUCUGCUCCCCUCUGAUCUUUAAGGUUAGCAACUGUAUCAGUCUGACCAGCCUUACUUAAGAGUCCACCUCAUUUCCCAGCAUCUGACUUUCUUUAGGAAUCAUUUUUAAUUAGAGGUCUCGCAGCUCUAUACCGGCUGCUUUCAGGGGAGAUUACUCUGGGUGAAAGUAGGUCAUAACUGAGGGGGGAUUUCUUAAUAAAAAUCCCAGUUUACUUCCACCCACUUUCGCUGCUUACAUUUCAAGGCAGGAGGAAACUUCUUGUCCCCAUGUUCUGGUUUACAAAUCUGUUUAUCUGGCAAAUUUUGUGUGUGUGGGCAAACACACACACAUGAACCCACUGUGGACACGCACACAAAACCAAUAUUUUAGCGGAUGUUUCGGUUAUCCAUCUCGCCUGAUAGGUCUUGGCAUCCCUCACUGUGUUGAUUUAGUGUCUCUUUAAUGAAGCACUGCAGCACACCACUGACACACACACACACACACACACACACACACACACACACACACACACGCCUACAGGCAGCAGUAAUAACCCAAGUCUUAAAAGUCUCUUCAAUGAUCCUUUUGUUGUCUGCUUCACACAGAUAUGAGCUGGAUUGCACAUCACUUUUAGUUUUAACUUAGUCUUUUUACAUCAGUCCAAAAUUAUUUAAAAGCUUUUUUUCAUUCGAAUGUCUUACUGCCUGAUAAAACACAAUUCAUGUCUGUGAAUGUCUGAAAGUCUUUCCAUUGAAAAAAACAAUACUCUUCUGAUUUAGUGCUCUCUUUCUUGUAAAAGACCCAGAAACAUUAUGUAGGAUAAACAAAACAAAGCUUGGACCACAAAAAUAGCAUUUAAAGGUGCUGAGGCUAGUGAAUGCCUGCUACAUCUCGCAAAUUCUCCCUGAAUAUGUGCUGCUGAUGGCUGAUGCCGCCAUCAUAAGGCUGAAGCUGCUGAAACUCUCCAAAAGCAAUUAUAUGGGUUUUGGUUUUAUGUUUAUGGGAUAUGGGGGGGGGGGGGGGGGGGGGGUUGUUGAAGCAAUCUUGGUUUUAAUAUAAUUCUACACUUAGAAACUCAGGUAAUGGUUUAAGAUAUCGUAAGUUAUACUCUAGAAAUGAGUCGACCCUGUGGAUUUUAGUAGCUCUUUGAAUCAACCAAAUGCCUUGUUUGAGAGAUUGUUUAUUUUGAAAAAAAAAAAAAAGAAUGGUACUAUCAGUGUGCCAACCUUUUUGUUAUGUACCCAUUUCCAUGUUUUGUUUUCCAUUUGAAUCCCUUUAUUUAUCUUUGUGCUGUGACAAAACGAAGAGCAUCUUUCCAAUAGGGUCAAACUGAAAGUGUUGCAACUUUGAGGAGAUGUGCACUGAAUUUUGAACAAUGUUUCUUGUUCAAAAUAUGUGUAAAAUAUUGUAUAAUAGUUUCAUAAAAAAAAAACUGCAAUGAGCGGUACAACAUUUGUUCAGUGGAAAUAUUAAGCUUCCAAAUUGGGGUCUUUACUGUGACCUUAAGUCAGACUACAUAACCUUCACUGUUCACAGUAUGUGUCCGUGCUAAUUAGCCAAACUGACCUUGCUCAGAAGCUCUGAGGUUUGAUGUUAAAGCAAUCCUAAAGCAGCCGAUCUCUGUUUUUACUUUCCACUGUCUUCACACAAAUGUAUCUCCGACAUCAUGCUCAGGGUGUGAAGCUGAAAUACUGCAAAACUAUUGCUAUGUUCCAGUCUUAAAUUUCUGUAAUCAACUGAAAGUAGUUAUCAUUUCAUUGACUCUUGAUUGACAACAGAAAUGAAAAUGGAUAGUUUAAGUUUUGAUAACUUAUUGGCGAAAAAAAGUUAAGUCUCAACAGCUAAUGCUAGCAUUCAACCACUUCCUGGCUAACAUACCGUAAGUGUUUGACAGUGUUACACUAUGCAAAUAAAAAUGCCAUAAAUUACUAGCAAAUCAGAAACGCUAGCUGAAGUUAAUGUUAUAAGAAUUGGGUGAAUGGUUAGCUGUUGACUUUGCCAUCUUCAUGACUUUACUGAUAAGUUGUUUUGAUUACUUUUACAGUUACAACAGCUAAUGUUAGCAUUCAGCCAUCAUAAUGGUUAAUUAGCUAACAUACCAUUAUCCUGUCAGUUUUAGCUUUUCUACCUCUAGUAUUACAUUAAAAUGUGUUUUGCUAAGUCGUUAAAUAAACAUGUUAGCACUUUUUUUUCAAAGGUUGAAGUUAUUUAAUAAGUUGCUUUAACUUAAAAUGUUGUUCUAAAUUGUGUCUAACUAUUGUCUUUCAGUAGUUCAACAAUCGUAGAGUUGUGAAAUGAUAAUUUGUCCAAUUUCCCAAAUGUAAGGACUGGUAAAACAUAACCAUUUGUUUCUCUUCUCAACCUGAGUCUGACAGAAAGGGGACAUGGGCACAAUGUGAAUGCUGAUUUUGUGAAAGAUGAUCUUGUCAUACUGUAGCUUUAGAUUCUCUCCUAGGUGCUUGUACAUUUGCUGACAGAUGCAUGGUGUAAGUGGUGCUUACGACUGACUAAUUAGACAUUUUAAAACACUGAAAUCCACUUCUGCUGGUACUAUCACCUGAGUGUGUGUGUGUGCUAUCAAAAUCUGAAAAGUAUUUGGCUAUUUUUUGGAUUAUGAAGCUUGACCAUGUCAUGUGCUUCACAAAAGGCGCUUGCAGAAAAGUUUUUUGUUUUAGCCAAGCAGACGCAGAAAAUGUUUAAUCUGGAUUUAGAUCAGCCACACUCAAACUUUAUUAAAAGUAGUCGGCUUCUAAUAUGCUAAUGUGAGCACCACUUCAUUUAUUGACAAUGUGUAAAUAUGUGUCAGAGCUUUUUGAAUAUUACAGAGUUAGGUGAGGUUAAUUGACCAUCCUCAUCAGAUAACCUUGGAGUAAUCUCUGCAAGUUAGGAUUAACAUGCACUUUGGAUUAUGAACACAGCUGUGAAUACUACGAUAACUGUCUUACAGUAAUAUAUAUUAAGCCUAGUUUUAGACUUAGUUUACAAAAACAGAGUUCAUGAGACUCUAAUGGGGCUUGAAGAACUAAAAUCGUACUGAGACGAACCACCCCUGCUUAGCUCCUCAUUAGGUUUUAGAAAUUGAUGUUUGUGCUAAUAUGGUAUGUUAUAUACUGACAAGUCUUUGAAAGUCAGUGCCCAGUCUGUCCCUGCCUUUAAAGUCCCCCCCCCUCACCCCCUGUUUUUUUUUUUUUAAUAGCAAAUGGUUUUGGAAAAUGUGAAUUUUCUCCAUCCUUAUUUCCCUGGCUGUCUGCUGGUAUUUCGUAAUAUCACUGACCACAAACACUUGAUAUUAUUCUAUGAAAGAAGACGAGAGACACAAAAUGAGGUGGAUCUCACUUUAAUCUCUCUGACCUUCUCUCUAAUGUUCAUUCAGAGAGGGAUAGUGUCUCAUUUAAUGCACCGUUGAGCAUGUAGUGAGUAUUGUUUUAGCCAUACUCUCUUAUUCCUAAUUGGUAGUUCUGUAGCCAAACAUAGAAAACAAGUCUAUUGUAGCUACCUUUUAAUCUUAAUACAAUCUUUAUUAAGAUUACGAAGCUGUUUGACCAAAGCUACAUAUCACUUGGACUAAGAACAUAGGUUAAAUUGUAUGUUGUAAAUGUGGAUUCUGAUGAUCCCAGUUGUAUUAAAAAACAAAACAAAUCCUGGAGAACUCACAGUGGGACUUUUGGGGCUACCGUUCUUGCAAAUAAAUUAUUCAGAAUUACAUGAUAACAGUGCCAAAUUAACCACUCAACCUUUAAAACAAUGUUUCAAUUUGCUCUUAUUUCAGGAGAAAUAUUGAGCUAAGGCAGCUGUGCCUCGUUAUAUUUUGCCUGUAAACCGGUCCGUCUGGUAUUUUGUGAAUACAAAAGGCGAUCAGAGAGUCAAGCCACCAGUCCAAUUGAUUAUGUGAUAAAACACCUUGAGCAUUUCCAGCCCAGGCAAAAGAUCUUAUGAUUACCAGGAAAGGAAACCUCGGUAAUCAGCAUCUCAGCUUCAGCCUUGUGCCUCUUCUAACAGGCCUAACUGCCUUACAAGAACAGAAUGUGUCUGCAGGACUUUAAUAAUCAUCCACUUAAUAUCCUGAAUCUGUAACAGAUUUCUUCUGAGGAUUGUAGAUCGUUCUCACAGAUGUGAGUCAGAUGACUUCUCGGCUCACUUUAUCAGUACGGCUGAAAAGACUUUGCCUCAGUAUGCUGAGGGAUGAGAUCGCUUUUAGACACAAUCAAGAGGGCUGCUGAUCAAGAGGGCACUUCACUGCGAGUCGCUGUCGCACACACACACACAAACGACACGCUUCUCCUCUGGCUUUCUCAAGUUGUGUUUCUCCAGGUGUGUGUGUUGUCACAUGGGGGUCACACAUUGGUGAUACAGUUUGUUAUGGUGUCUGUGAAAUAUGUACUCAUGGGACUUAAAUGCAGGGUCAAAGGUCAUUUGUGCCUUUUAUUGCGCAGACUACUCCCUCUUAAAUGAGUGUAAAUGUGUGUACAGUUUUUUUUUAUAUGACUAUGUGCAUGUGAACAAGCCAUGUAAAAUAUGUGACUGUAAAUAAUGUAAGUAAGUAUUUAAUGAAGGACCGAACGUUCCCUCAAGACAAUAAAUGAGUUAAAAACA